GUGAAGGGGAGGAAGGGGAGGAUGAAGAGGAGGAGGAGGAAGAGGAUGAUGAUGAUGAUGAGGAUGCUGUUUCGGGCCGCCCCCGGAAGCGCAGAAGGAGGGGAGGUGUGCACUCCUUCUUCGAAGAGGAAGCCGGUGUCGAUGAGGACGAGGACGAAGCCGAGGAUGAGGAGGACGAAUUGGCCGAAUUCGGCGGAGAGAUGCACCCCGACGAUCUGGACGCCCUCCCCGUCGGGGCCGAAACGGACGACCGUCGACACCGACAGCUGGAUCGCGAGCGUGAAUUGGAGGCGAGUUUGGACGCCGAAAAGCAAGCACAGCUGCUUAAGGAGCGAUAUGGACGAAACCGCGCGGCGGCCACGGAUGCCGUCGUUGUGCCGAAGCGACUGCUUCUCCCGAGUGUCGAAGACCCGAGUAUUUGGGGUGUUCGCUGCAAGGCUGGCAAGGAGCGGGAGGUAAUUUUCUCCAUCCAGAAGCGCAUCGAAGAGCGCCCUCCGGGGUCGCGCAACCCCAUGAAGAUCAUAUCGGCUUUCGAACGAGGAGGUGCUAUGAGCGGCUACAUCUACGUCGAGGCACGCCGGCAAGCGGAUGUCUUGGAAGGACUGCAGGAUAUGACCAACGUCUACCCCCGGUCGAAGGUCAUCUUGGUUCCGGUGAGGGAGAUGCCGGAUCUCCUCCGGGUCCAGAAAUCCGAAGAGCUCCUGCCUGGCGGCUGGGUGCGCAUCAAGCGCGGGAAAUACCAGAACGACCUGGCCCAGAUCGAGGAGGUCGAGACAAAUGGCCUGGCGGUCACCGUGCGCUUGGUCCCCCGACUGGACUACGGUCUGAACGAGGAUUCGGGCGCCCCCGUGUCCGAUCCCAAGAGGAAGCGCCCCGGGAUGAACCCCGCCGCUGCGCGUCCGCCCCAGCGUCUGUUCAGCGAGGCAGAGGCUAAGAAGAAGCAUGGCAAGUACUUGUCUGCCACUUCUGGUCUGGGUGGCAAGUCGUGGAGCUACCUCGGCGAGACCUACAUGGACGGCUUCCUGAUCAAGGACAUGAAGGUUCAGCACCUGAUCACGAAGAACGUCAACCCUCGGCUGGAGGAAGUUACCAUGUUCGCUCGGGGGGCCGAAGACGGAACUGCCAACCUGGAUCUCGCGUCGCUCGCCGACACGCUGAAGCACUCCACCGCCGAAGACUCCUACCUGCCGGGAGACCCGGUCGAGGUGUAUCGCGGCGAGCAGCAAGGCCUCAUCGGUCGGACUAGCUCUACCCGCGGCGACAUCGUCACUCUGCUGGUGACCGAAGGCGACCUUAUCGGCCAGACGAUCGAAGCACCCGUCAAGACGCUCCGCAAGCGUUUCCGGGAGGGUGACCAUGUCAAGGUCAUCGGCGGCAGCCGGUACCAGGACGAGCUCGGCAUGGUGGUCCAGGUCAAGGACGACACCGUGACGCUCCUCAGCGAUAUGAGCAUGCAAGAGAUCACCGUCUUCAGCAAGGAUCUUCGGUUGUCCACCGAGACUGGUGUCGACGGGAAACUUGGCAUGUUCGACGUGCACGAUCUGGUGCAACUGGAUGCCGCGACCGUUGCCUGUGUCGUCAAGGUUGACCGUGAGUCCUUGCGGGUCUUGGACCAGAACGGCUCGAUCCGCACGAUCCUCCCCACGCAGGUCACGAACAAGGUCACUCCCCGGAAGGACGCCGUCGCGACGGAUCGUAACGGGGCGGAGAUUCGCCAUGGGGACACCGUCCGCGAGGUCUACGGAGAGCAGCGCAACGGCGUGAUACUUCAUAUCUACCGGUCGUUCCUGUUCCUCCACAACAAGGCCCAGGCGGAAAACUCCGGUAUAGUCGUCGUGCGCACGACCAACGUCGUGACCGUAUCGGCCAAGGGCGGACGGUCCAGCGGACCGGACCUCAGCAAAUUGAACCCAUCCUUGAUGGGCAAAGGUAUGCCUGGUGGUGCCGGUGGGAUGGGCCCUCCGCGGUCCUUUGGGCGUGACCGAAUGGUCGGAAAGACCGUCAUGGUCCGCAAGGGUCCGUUCAAGGGUCUUGUGGGCAUUGUCAAAGACUCGAGCGAUACGCAGGCCCGGGUGGAACUCCAUACCAAGAACAAGCUGGUGACGAUAGACAAGGAGCUUCUCGUCGUCAAGGACCCUGUCACUGGCCAGACGAUCGACAUGGGGCGCGGGAGAGGUGGGCCACGCGUGCCCUACGGAGGCGGUUCAGCGGCCCCUCCGUCCGCCUGGCAAGGUGGACGUACGCCGAUGGCGGCUGCUGAUUCUUCGAGGACCCCAGCCUGGGGCGGCGCCUCUUCAGCGAGAACACCCGCCUGGGCAGGUAUGGGUAACAGUUCCCGGACCCCCGCGUGGAAAAUGGAUGGGGGGCGCACGGCCUAUGGUGGUGGUGGUGGCGGGAUGGGUUCGCGCACGCCCGCCUGGAACGCCGGUGCUCGCACACCGUACGGCGGCGGCGGCGGCAGCUCCGGCGACGCAGGUUUUGACGCCUUCGCAUCAGGGUCCCGGACCCCGGCCUGGGGCGGCGGUGGCACAGGCAAUCGCACGCCCGCCUGGACAAUGGGCGGAUCAACCAGCAACGGCUCCAAGGACUCUCGGGGCUUCGACGCACCGACACCAGGGGCCGCCUACUCGGCACCGACGCCCGGCGCAUACGGUAGCGCACCAACCCCGGGCGCAUCAGCACCCACCCCAGGCGCCUGGCCCGAGAGCGCUCCAACACCAGGCGCGUUCAACGCCCCGACACCGGGCGGCCCGCCCAAACGCCCAUACGACGCACCUACCCCGGCCGCAUGGGACAGCGGCAGCAGUCGCCCUUACGACGCGCCGACGCCAGCAAUGGGCGGCGCAGCCGCCACUCCAGGAGCGGGUUCAUACGGCGAUGACGGCGACGCAGGACCGCGAUAUGACGAGGGGACGCCGAGUCCUUGAACACAUACUUACAUUAUUCAGUGUAUGUAGCAUGACCCCGGGGUGGGGGGCAAGG